AUGCCCAAGGCCGAUAUCAACAAGGCUGGUUGGGAGCAAAGUGAAUUUCCCAUUCUUUGUGAAACAUGUCUGGGACCUAACCCGUUCAUCCGAAUGUCGAAACAAGAGUUUGGUCGCUCAUGUGGCACAUGUGCUCGCCCGUUCACAGUUUUCCGAUGGAAUCCAGGCUCCGGCGCACGGUACAAAACCACUGUGAUAUGUCAGACGUGUGCCAAAGUGAAAAAUGUCUGCCAGACGUGCCUUCUUGAUCUUGAGUACGGACUACCGACCCAAGUUCGAGACACUGCCCUUGCCAUUCAGAAUGAAGCACCAACCAGUGACAUCAACCGGGAGUACUAUGCGCAGAACAUGGAGAAUAAGAUGGAGGAUGGGAAUCAAUCCCUGAUGCAAGUUGGGACGCGGGCUACAUCUGCUGGGAAGGAAAUGCUGAAGCAGCUAGCUCGGACAAACCCAUAUUACAAGCGCAACCGCCCACACAUCUGUUCCUUCUUCGUAAAAGGAGAGUGUAACAGAGGAGACGAGUGCCCAUUUCGACAUGAAAAACCUGUUGAGAACGCACUUUCCCACCAAAAUAUUCAGGAUAGAUAUCAUGGUAACAAUGAUCCAGUUGCACGAAAAAUAUUGGCCAAUCAUUCGGAGGCGCAAGGUUUGAAGCCACCAGAAGACGAGAAUAUCACCUCUCUGUUCCUUUCCUCUCUCCCAGCCUCUGCAACGGAACUUAGCAUACGGACUCAUGUCAUCAAUUCAUUACCUCAAAUAUCUUCGUCACAGUUGCGGUCAGUCGUCCACGUCGCAAAAUCCCGAUGUGCAUUCAUCAACUUCAAAGAUCGUGAUUCUGCUGAGAGGGCAGCAGAAGCUUGGGCGAAUGGCCUAGACAUGGAUGGACGAACGAGUUCAUGUGAAGUGGGGAAGAAGUAA